AACAAGUCAGAAGUCCACUACCAAAACAACCGAAGGUAGUAUGAUAGUUCUCGGACCGAUCCACGAAACUCCCUCAAACCCUUCCUUUCUAUAAGCUUUCUUCACUAUAUAAUUACCAAAUACUCAUCCUCACUCUACUUCACAUUUACAAACAUAUACAAAGAUCAAUAGGGUUAACUAGGAGUGAAGAUAGAUGGCAACUAAGCAAGAAGCUUUAGCCAUCGAGUACAUAAGCCAACACCUUCUCACAGAUUUUGCAAGCCAAGAUCACCACCUUCACUCAGAAACAACCCCAAGAACCAUAGGAAACCAUAACCCUAAACCAAACUCUACUCUUAACCGUCGUAAACCGCCCUUACCGAACCUAUCCGUUCCGGUCUCUAGUACGAUGAAGAAGCCAGAGGAGGAGGAGGAGGAGGAGGAGAAAAGACACUACCGAGGAGUGAGGAGGAGGCCAUGGGGAAAGUAUGCAGCGGAGAUUAGGGAUCCUAACAAAAAGGGUUCUAGGCUUUGGCUUGGGACUUACGACACCGCCGUAGAAGCUGCAAGAGCUUACGACCUAGCGGCGUUUGAGUUGCGUGGGAGAAAAGCAAUCUUGAAUUUCCCUCUAGAUGUGAGGGCUACGUCAGAAAGUUGUUUCGUCGGAUUAGGGAAACGAAAGCGGCUUAAGAGCUUCGUGGCGGAGGAAGAGACGGUGCCGGUUAGGGCUAAAGCUGAGGAAAAGGAGAGUGAUACCACGGUGGCUGAGGUUGAAGCGGUUCCUUUGACGCCGUCAAGCUGGAAAGGGGUUUGGGACUUGGGAGCAGGAGACGGGAUAUUCAGUGUUCCUCCGUUAACUCCGACGUCUCCCAGCUCCGCUACUUGAAACUUCUGAAUUGUCAACGGUUGGUGGUGACGCUUUCACCUGCUUCACUCUCAUAAUUUCUUUAUUCUUUAUAGUAUACUAAUACAAGCGGUAGUGUACAAACAUCAGAUUAGUGUUUUACUACCAAUCAUUUUAUUCGUUAA